UGUCUCAAACAAGGGAGGUGGCCAUUUUUAUAAUUAGUAACCCUUCAUGCUUUACACCCAUCAAUUUUAAUGCUUUUUCCCAAUUCAAUCAUGAAUCUCCCUGCUUCAACAACAUGCUGCUCUUCCUUUCUUUUUUAAAAUGUCUGAAUGAGCUGGCAUAGCAUCUUUAUCUCGGACUGCAAGUUCCUUUUAAGCACUCUUUGGAUUUUCUAGCCUCUAACUUUCAAGGGAUCACUCUCGUUUUUGUUUUGUCUGAAGUUGAUCAAUCUUAGAAAUGGGAAGACAACCUUGCUGUGAUAAGGUUGGAUUAAAGCGCGGUCCAUGGACGAUAGAGGAAGAUCAUAAGCUGAUGAACUUUAUACUCAACAAUGGUAUUCAUUGCUGGCGAACGGUUCCAAAGCUUGCAGGUCUGUUAAGAUGUGGAAAAAGUUGCAGAUUAAGAUGGAUAAAUUAUCUCAGACCAGACCUUAAGAGAGGGGCUUUCACAGAAUCAGAAGAGGAUCAGAUUAUUCAACUUCAUGCGCGUCUUGGAAACAGGUGGUCCAAGAUUGCUUCACAUUUUCCUGGUCGUACAGAUAACGAAAUCAAGAACCAUUGGAAUACUCGAAUCAAGAAGAAGUUAAAGCUCCUUGGUCUAGACCCUGUGACACACAAGCCUAUUGAGAAGGCAGAGAAAACUGAUGGUAAAAAUACGAUGACCUCAAACUCUAAUUCAUCUAACAAACAAGAAGCAAGCUUCGAGUCAAAGUCAGAGGAUGAUCAUGCCAUCACAGUUUCUACAAGCAGAGAUGAGACAGGAGAAGAAAGUCAAGUAAUUUUUGAUGAAACAAACGAUCUAUUAAACAACUACCAAAUGUUGUGUGGAAGCUUUGAUUUGGAGUCAUGGCUGAACCAAGAUACAAAUACCUCUUCCUCUUACACAUCUUCAUUCUCAGUGGAAGAAUCCAACAAUCCUUCAAUGGCAUGGCCCAGAUCCAAAGACAGUUCCAGCUGUACAAGAAAGUGUGAGCACUUCGAAGAAAACAGUGUCAGCUUAGCUCAAGCUAUGCAGAGGGCAAUUCCAAGGAUACACACUAUCGUUGCAACUCCACGCCUUAAAUGCUUCUCUCUUAACGCACCCAGGAUAGUAGAGGUAGAAUAUGCAAAUGGCAGCAAGUUUUGUUUGUCAGCUGAGUUUUUGAGAGUUUAUAGCCCAGCUGCUGAUGGCAAGAUUAGGUCAAUUGGAGGUGAAAAGGUGAUAUCUGGGCGGCGCCAUGUGGGGAUAAUGUCUGCUGAACCAGUAGGAAACUAUGGUGUAAGGAUAGUUUUUGAUGAUUUGCAUAAAACCGGGAUUUAUUCUUGGGACUAUUUCUAUAAUCUUGGGACCAACAAAUUUACCCUCAUUCGAAAUUAUAUCAAAACACUGAAGAAGCACGGACUUAGCCGGGAUCCACCCAAGAGAAAGUGAUUGAAAGACUUCUGAUUUUCUGAGUUAGCCCCUCAAGAGCACCGAGUCAACCUUGAUCCUAUCAAGAUGUUGCCAUUGAAGAAAGUCAGUGGUCAAUCUGGAAGUACAUGUUGCAAUUGAAGUUAGUUGAAGAACAGCUUAAGAGCUGUGAUUUGAAUUAUUCUAUUUAUAUUUUGUUAAGUCAGUUGUGUGUUUGUGAGAUGCACAUGCUCCUUUUAAUGGUGGCAAUCAUUGUAACUAUUUUACCCCUUAGGCUGUUAGUACUAGUGUUUGAUUGUUUCAACUUUGUAAACUAACUGGAAAAUCAGUUAGCACGUUGGGAUAUCUGCUUGUAUUGAAAUCAAUAAAAUUACACAGAAAAUUUUAAUAUUAAAUGAUAUUCA